AUGCAAGCCGAUUGUAGCCAAUUGCAAAGAGCUGCAGGCAGUGAGGCUGCCUCAGCCUCCCAGAGUGUCCACACAAGAUUGACAGAAGGUCCUGGUCUUCAUUCUGGAGAUGUGCAUAUCCAGGUUGACUCCACACCUAAAGAAGGUGCUGAAAAUCUAAGCUCCAGAAGUACAAGGUCAGGUGGCCAUAGCUGUACCCAGGGAUGUGUACAGAGUCAUGCACGGAAUCAGUUCCGUAACCAAGCAAGGCAGCCUGGUGAUACUUCUAUGGAGUCUGGAGAUCAUGGCAGUAGCUCCUACUCCGAAUUCCGAUAUCUCUUCAAGUGGCUGCAACAGAGUCUUCCAUUUAUUUUGAUUCUGGGUGUCAAACUUGUUGUGCAGCAUAUAACAGGAAUUUCUCUUGGAAUUGGACUGCUUACAACUUUUAUAUAUGCAGACAACAGUAUUGUAAAUCAGGUUUUUCUAAGAGAAAGGUGCUCAAAGAUUCAGUGUGCUUGGUUACUGGUAUUCUUAGCAGGAUCUUCUGCUCUUUUAUAUUAUACCUUUCAUUCUCAGUCACUUUAUCUCAGCUUAAUUUUUUUGAAUCCUACUUUGGACUAUUCGAGCUUCUGGGAAGUACUCUGGAUUGUUGGAAUUACAGACUUCAUCCUGAAAUUCCUCUGCAUGAGCUUAAAAUGCCUUGUUUUAUUGGUGCCUUCUUUCAUCAUACCUUUUAAAUCCAAGGGUUACUGGUACAUGCUUUUAGAAGAAUUCUGUCAGUAUUACCGAACAUUUGUUCCCUUACCAGUUUGGUUUCGUUACCUUAUAAGCUAUGGGGAGUUUGGUAAUAUAACUAGAAGGAUUCUUGGAAUAUUGCUGGCUUUACUCUACCUCAUACUAAAACUUUUGGAAUUUUUUGACCAUCUAAGAAAUUUCAGACAGGUUUUGAGAAAAUUUUUUACACGACCAACUUAUGGAGUGGCUGCCAGCAAGAGACAGUGUUCAGAUGUGGAUGAUAUUUGUUCAAUAUGUCAAGCUGAAUUUCAAAAGCCAAUUCUUCUCAUCUGUCAGCAUAUAUUUUGUGAAGAGUGCAUUACCUUAUGGUUUAACAGAGAGAAAACAUGUCCGCUGUGCAGAACUGUGAUUUUAGACCAUAUAAACAGAUGGAAAGAUGGAGCCACUUCAUCAGACUUCCAAAUAUAUUAA